AUGUCAUCAUUCUCGAGGAAACCACUAUCUGGCACGGCGGCUGCUACAACAGCGAAGGCUCAAAGAGAACAAGUCAAGAAUUUAGAAGCAACAAUAUCAAUUCUUGACAAAGAAUUGUCGGAUCUCAAACAAAAAUUAGAGAUUAGAGAAAAUGAUAACAAAAAUUUACUCGAAACUAAACAGAAGAACGAGAACUAUAUAAAGUAUAUUAUUAGAAUAACGGUAGAAACCUUAGCCGGUAAACAAAGUAUAAUUGAUUCGAAAGUUUUUAGAAUUUCUGAACUUCAUAAAAAGUAUGAAAUUAUCUCUACUAGUGAUAAUAAUUAUAUCGAUCCCAAUACGAAGGCUCAAAGAGGAGUCAAGACAUUAAAAGCGACAAUAUUAAGUCUUGAGGAUAAAUUGUCGGAUCUCAAACAAAGAUUAAAGAUUAGCGAAAAUGAUAACAGAUAUUUACUCGAAACUAAACAGAAGAACGAGGAAUGUUUAAAGAUGAUUAUUGAAGCAAGGGACAAAGCUUUAGACAUUAAAGACAAGAUAAUUUGUUCGAAAGAUAAUGAAAUUUUUGAACUUGUUAAAAAGCAUGGAACAUUUGAUGAUCUUCCACUAGAUCUAUUUUCAAUCUUUCCUGUCCCGGUGACAAUGAAAAACAAUUACAAUCAAAAUCAAAUUAUCAACAAUAACAACGAUCACAAUAAUGAGAAUAACAACAACAAUCAAAAUCAAAACAAUAACAACAUUGAUUUCGUUCCCAAUAAUUGGAUUAUCAACAAUAAUAACGAUCACAAUAAUGAUAAUAACUACAACAAUCGAAAUCAAAUCAAUAAUAACACUGAUUUCGUUCCCAAUAAUUGGAUUAUCAACAAUAAUAACGAUCACAAUAAUGAUAAUAACUACAACAAUCAAAAUCAAAACAAUAAUAACACUGAUUUCGUUCCCAAUAAUUGGAUUAUCAACAAUAAUAACGAUCAAAAUAAUGAUAAUAACUACAACAAUCGAAAUCAAAUCAAUAAUAACACUGAUUUCCCAAUAAUUUGA